AUGCUGAAAUCACGGCGCCUGACGUCGCUGCUUUCGCAGUCACUGACGCCUCUCUCGCCGCCUAUCGACACAUUCACGCCGUCCACUGACGCAACUCCCUCGUCAGAUCACCAGUCCGCAAAGGAAUCCCCAUCCACCACCACCACCACCUCCUCCGCCGCGGCCCUUCCUCCCGCGCACUCCCCGCGCAUCGUCAUGGUCGUCCUGCUGACUACCAGCGGCAACCUGCUUGCCGCCUCGACACUCAACUCGUCGUCGGCCGCGACAAUAGCACACUCGCUCGCGCUCUCGCCCUCGGUCUCGCAGAGUACCCUCGGCGCCGGUCAGAACGGCAACGGCACGACCGCGGGCUCGAUCGGAAGCGCGACGUCGGCGAUUCAUCUCGCGGACCUCAGCCCCAAGCCGCGGGUCUACGCUUCUUAUGCUGCUAAUGUGUGGCGGUCUUAUACAAAGUCGCUUGAGCAAGAUGCUGUUUUCGAGACCGAGGAUCCAGAGGUCGAUUGGAUCGCUGUCGAGAAUGAGGAAUCCACAAUCAUAAUCCACUCCGUCGCAGGUUCCGUCCUCCUAGCUCUCGUCGGCGAGCGCGGGUCUCCGGUGGGUCUUGUCUAUGCUCGAACAACAGCAAUGGCCAGCACCCUACGAGAAGAGCUCCAAGGCUUCAGCUUCGACUAA